AUGGAAGGAAACUUUUCUACCAACUUUUUGCCCUUGCCCCUGGGCUGCGACAAGUUCUUCGUUCCUGCUGUAGAAAAAAUAUGCCACGCGUUGAACAUGACGAACGAUGUAGCCGGUGCUACUUUCAUGGCUGCAGCAACGUCUGCACCAGAAUUAUUCGUCAAUGUCAUCGGAACAUUUAUCACGGAGGGUGACAUUGGUGUCGGUACCAUCGUUGGCUCUGCUGUAUUCAAUAUUCUCGCCGUAGCAGCGUGCUGUGGCAUUGGAGCAGGAAUGGUUGUACCACUUGAUUGGUGGCCAUUAACGAGAGACUGUCUGGCCUAUUGGUAUUACAGUUUCCAUUCUGAUCUGCAUUAUGCACGAUGA